AUGGCGAUUAAAAUCCGGACGACGACCAAGCUAAGACAAACGACCAUGAUAAAGCAAAUUUUGAAGAGGUGCUCAAGUUUUGGGAAGAAACAGAGUAGUGAAUAUAACGACCUACACGAACAAGAUGGAGAAUCACUUCCUCUAGAUGUUCCCAAAGGUCACUUCGUGGUCUACGUAGGGGAGAAUCGGGUCAGGUACGUUUUACACAUUUCAUUUUUGACCCGACCCGAGUUUAAGCUUCUUCUACAACAGGCUGAGGAAGAGUUUGGCUUUGAUCAUGACAUGGGCAUCACUAUUCCUUGUGACGAAGUAGCUUUCAAAUCCAUUGUCACCUCCAUGCUCUGA